GAACAGUAUGUAGUGACAUUAAUUUUCACCAAAAAAAAUCUAUUGAGGAUGGCGGAAAAGCAUGUCCUCAGAUAUUUAAUUUGUUCUGUAAGGAAUCACAUGCAGUUGUAACAAAUACAUAAUCAGCAACAAUGAACACGUAAAAGGCAGAAUAGAAAACACGCAUUCUCUCGUGUAAAAUUUUUCAUGUCAUGAUGCUGUCUUCAAUAGCAAACCAUUGUUGGAAAAAUAAAUAAAUACAUUACCUUAAGAUUCAAAUACGAAAAUAUGAAAUGGCAUUGUUGAACGUUUUUGACGGUUCCAUUGAGGAAUACAACUGAUAUCCCAUUCUGAAAGUUGCACGGAUGAAAAUAUGACCACCACUAUUGUAAGACACCAGAUAACAGCAGGUAAAAGCUAUACCAAACAAGAAGAACUUUCCCCGCGUUCUACUUUAACAAAACCAGAAACUUUGCAAGAAAGCGAAAACAAACAACAACUGAAUUCUGAAAUCAGCACAGACAAAAUGGUAAACUUAACAUGCUUUCACACAGACGAAGGGGCAGUGACGACAACUGCUAUUGAACAUGCUGAAGUGGAACGCGUAUUCAGUAGGAGCAAUAGGGCUACAGAAUGUUAUUUAGACGACAUGGUCUGCGAAUGCAAAGGUGUUAACAAAGGUGAUGUCAAAGGAGAGGAAACAUCCUCGAUAGCAAAUAUUGCUGGGACAGGAAAGAAAACAUCUAAAAGCAAAAGCGAUGAGGCACACAAAACGGAGUGUUGUGAAAAUGUAGACAAAGACAGUAUACUCAACUCGUCAAAAGUCGUUGGAAACGAAUAUACAGCCGACAAAAGAGACAAAUGGAUGACAUCUAUAUCAAAGAAUACUGACGUUAAUACAGUAGAAGGUAAACAUAAUUAUUCUCUCCAUCAACAGUGUUCUACUAUAACAAAUAUUGAAAAGGGCAAUGGGACUGUGAACAUGUACAUUGAUGAUGCCAACUACUCGAGUUCAAUACACGUUAAUAAUAGUGACAAAGAACAAAACAACUCAUUAUAUUCGGACAAUGAAGAUCUAAGAAAAGCACUUGACGGUAUAUUAACUGAAAAAACUUUUACAUUAAGCAUUUCUAAAGACGAAACUUCAGACGACGAACUGAAAAUCCAGCAUUUGCCUUUGGUAAGGGAAACCGAUGAGGAACCUGUAGUUUUAACAGAAAACACAUUUCUCCAAGAAGUAUGUCCAAAUAGAUACGAUUUCGAGGAAAGGAACAUGGAACAAAAAGCAGUUUUUUCAAGCACAUCUACUGGGGAAAAAGAUGUACAUGAAAUAGUCCGCCAUGAUCAGAUCUCUACAAUUGAAAAGGAAGAUGAAAUUACCAAAGAAAGUUUGUGUUCAACAAUAACAGGUAAUUCCAAAAAUGUUGAUGUACGCAAAUAUUCUGAGCAAAAUAAACUUUCAACAGAUAGUGGGAAUGAAAUAAGUGUUGGAAGUUGUCAGGAUAGGCAUGGGAAAACAAAAUGUAAACAGGAUAUUAUAAAAGAAAACCGCCUUACUGACUCAUUCGUCAGUUUUAAAAUACAGUACAAUGGAGGUGACAAAAUACCAUUGCAAUCUGCUUACAGAAUGUCAGUGAAGGAUGAAAUACCGACUUACGUAUCGUGUAACAGAAAUAAGUCGAUCAGUAAAAAGGUGGAAAACGAAAACCUAGAUGUAACAUCUGUAACAAAUGAAGGCAUUAUCAUCAAACAAGGGUUCGAUAACCAGGCAAUUCCCGUUAGUAAAAUCGAAAACGUUUGCGAGAUUAGCUUAAAAAAUCAGUCAAAAAUGCCGACUAACAGUCAAGCGGGACAAGAUAGCCCAACAUUAACAUUGACGGGCACUGAAAAAAUGAUUGAUGAAUCACCAAUGGAAAAAGAAUCUCAACAAGCAAUUAGUAGAACUCCACAAAAGAAAUUUAAUUCAAAGAGAAAACGUAAGCAUAGAAAUAUCAGAAAGAACCUUUUCAGAGACACAUUUGCCAAUUAUGGAAUAAAGACAAAGGGGGGCGGCAGUACUACCAAAGGGAAAAUUUUAUCGCAAGCUGCUGGAAGCAUGCCAAUGAAGGAUGAAAUACCGACGUUCAAGUCCUGUAAUAGAAAUAACACGGUCGAUAAAAAGAUGAGACACGGAAACCUAGAUGCAUUAUCUUUAUCAAAAGCAGAUAAUCAAAUCGGCGUUACACAAGACAAGCAGGAUCCUCCAGCGAGUAAAAACGAAAACAUUUCCGAGACAGAGUUGAGAAACCAGUCAACAGUGUCAACUACCAGUCUAACUGAAGAGGAAAUAACUCACCCAACGUCAACAAUGGCGGUUACUGGAGAAAAACUCGAUGAUUCACAUUCUCGUCAAACCAUUAGAAAAUCUCGACAGAAUGCAGAAGAAACCAUAAGCAACCAGGCAACGAUAUUGUGUAAAAGAACAAAUAAGGAUUUUAUCCAAAGUUCGUUCAAAGGACAAUACACAAGAGACAUGUGUAGUGACAUCAUUGAUAAAGCAUGGAGAAUGCUUGUCGAGAAUAUGAAUCCAUGGCUUUUAUUGGACGAAUUUCGAGCCAUUCAAUACUUCCAAAACUCGGUACAGAGAGACAUAGAGGAGGUUUUAUCGACAACAAUUGCAAACAGACAAAUUCUUACUAAAGUUAGAGCAAAGGGUGUUGAUGGGUAUCUGCAGUUUACAGAGUGUCUGGCAUCAUCACACCAGAUAGAAAUACUUCAUAUUCUUAGCACUUAUGACGAUAGUCUCCUAGUAAGAGUAACAACGAAUCAAGAGACAAACAGUUCUGAAAAGCGUUUAUCGAUGAAAAUAACAGAUUUGAGGCAUGAACUGAUUACAUUCUACAUGUCUGAACAUAGUACGUUACCGUUGUCACCACUAUUGGAAGAAAACGAUGCAGCACUGGUAAAACUCUAUUCGCAGCCAACAUUAUUAAAUAUUGAAACAGGAUCGGUAUCAGAUGAGUCAUGUAAACAGAUUGAUUCAUACAAAAACAUAUUUUUUGAAAAUUCCUAUCACUGUAAAAAUAUUUAUAUCGUAUCUGAUGCUGGAUUUGGAAAAACCUCAUUUGCAAAGAGACUAGUAAUGUCUUGGUGUCAAGCACAUGAACCUCAAAGUGGUUAUGCACAAUACUUUAAAGCAGAAGACAUCGAAUCAGUCAAAGAAUUUAGCUUUGUGUUUUUUAUUUCUCUUCGAUGUUAUAGUGGAGUAAAAUGUGAAGUAGAAUCAAUGAUAUAUGACCAAACUGCUAACCAUUUGCCCGGGUCAUAUACAUACCAACAACUGCAAGAUAUCCUCCGAAAUGAAAGAUGUCUCGUUAUCUUGGAUGGACUUGAUGAAUGGUCCCAUCCAGUCUCCACAGAGUGUACCAACUUCACAGAAAUACCGCACAGAAAAGUCCGAGAAAAAACAACUGUUUUAACAACAACCAGAACAUGGAAGCUUAGCCUUGCAAAUCUACGGACUACAGAUAUAGAUAAACGAAUAGAAAUCACAGGACUUUGUCGAAGUUCUUCGUGUAAUCUGAUACACAACGUAACUGAACAUCUAAAUAAAAUGUCUAGUCCUCCAAGAUCGUCUGAAGAAUUUGCAGCGCUCAUAAAGGAAAACAAUCUAGAGGAGCUAGCGAGGAUACCACUAAUUGUAAUGCAGCUGCUAUGUUUAUGGCGUGAUGGAGAGCCUAUCGGUAAAUCUCGAUGUGAAAUAUAUAGCAGUAUUACAGAAUUGUUGUUAAGGAAAGGAGAGAUGAAAUCUCCUUUAUAUAUACAAGAUGACGUCGAGUCUCAAGAUACAUGCUUUUGUUACAGAAAUCGUUUAAGCAGAAAGUAUCAAAAACAUUUGUUAGCACUAGGGGAGUUAUCAUUUAACACUCUGUUUGGUGAUGAAAGGUGCUCAGUUGUGUUUGAUAGGUCAACAGCCAAGAAAUAUCUGUCAGAGGAUCAGCUGCGAUUUAGCUUUAAUACGGGUAUUUUAAGUCAGUGGAAAGUUCCCUGUAAACUUACCCGCAGGCAGUAUAAUGUAUCGUUUCUUCACAAAACAUAUCAAGAAUUCUUCGCUGCGCUGCACAUAGCAUCUCAAACAAAAAAUCCUGACAAAGUCAAAGAAUUAAUAGUUAAUUACUGUAGAAGUAUGAAAAGCCUCGUUGAAAUGUCCAGAGUAUUCGUCUUUCUUAGUGGAAUGAAUUCGGAGCUGCUCAUUGAUGUAUUCCACAGAGUGUCUCCCUAUUUGCCAAUCGAUGACGCGGUUGCAUGUUACAGGGCUUACGUACCGUAUGAGGUCAAUGUAUACAAUCUACGUAAAAGCCAAAAAUUAGUCACAGAUUACCAGAACUUAAUACUAGAAUGCAUAGGUGAAAGUACAGAAUGUCAAGACAAGAGUUCUACCUUUCAUCUUGAAGACAUAAUAAUAGGAUUCAGUCAUGACAAAAGCGAAGAAUCUACAGAUCACAUCCAUUGGCUUCGACUAUCAAAGGCAGUCAAAGAAAAUUUGCACUGCAUCAAAUCAGUCUCCAUAGUAUACACAUCGAAAACAUCAAAAACAACGAAAACAGAGGACGGCGUUCAGACUUCUAGCGGAUGUUUGGAUAUUCUGUCUACAGAAUCGCUACCCUCUUUGCAGAAAAUUCAGUUUCAUGGUAGAGAUCCUAGAAGUAUGUUUUUGCCGGUGAAAAUCAACAGUUUGAUAGAACAUGCAACAGAAUCUAUUAGGUGUUUAGACAUUGAAGGCUGUAGCUGCAAUUACGAAAUUGCACCAUUAAUACGAAACAUGUUCUGUUUGGAAUCCUUGCGGAUAAGCAACGUGAAGAUGGAUUAUCGUGAAAGAAAGGCAUUGAUUAUUUUCUUAAGUGAGAGUCAUUUACAGAAGCUAAAGCAAAUAGUACUUCAAAAUAUAUCUGUUUACACUAACAAAGCUUCCAAAUAUUGUUUGAAGUUAAAUUUAUCGAAGAAUUGCAAUCUUCAGUGUGUUAGCUUACGGAAUAUCCCAAUAUCUCAACUUGAGCUUCCAGCUGAAGGACAGAUGACAUAUCUAUGUCUUGACCAAAUGCCUCUGAAGCAGCUGAAUCUUGCUCCUCUUAAAAAACUGCAGAAGUUGUUGAUUGCCAGUCUGCAUGUGAAAGAAGUAGACGUUUCACAAAAUGUAGAACUGGAGAGUGUUUUUUCAAAUCUCAAGGUCACCGGCCUGAAUGAGGCCACCACAACUUUAUCACCCAUGCCUUAAAAUGUUGCUAUUGUCAACCUGUGUCCAAUCUUCCAUUCAUUUAAGUGGUGUAGGAAAGACAUUACAGGAUUGGAACGAAACCAGAUUCCAUGGUGGGUGUGACUGUAUGACUGCAUACAGGAAAUAUCACUCAAUUUAAUCCAAGUUAUAAAAUUAUUAAAUCGUUCGGCAAUGACAUAACACAUUUGUUUAGGUAAGAUAAGUUACACCAUUAAUACAUUAAAUAUUAUAUGAAAAAGUGAGAAAAGACCGCCAUUCGAACUCGGGACUACAAAAUACCGUUCUGAUGCUCUGCUGUUGUUUUCAGAUCAUUUCUACGGUAAACUGUGUAUGACAGUAAAAAAGGAAAACUGAAAUAUCUAACGAUAACCAGAUCACAACAGGGCUACAUAUGUGCUGCUUUUCGUAAUAUUUACUUUCACUUUGCAUUUUGAUGUUUAUUACCUGUUUGUAUAUUACCUCUGCUGUGUCAUUGGUGUUGCUCAGUGACAAAAGUAUCUAAAAUGAAUUGGAUUUGUGAUUAAAACGUUUGUAACGGUUUACUCUCAAGAUUGGGAAAAUGUACAUAAUUUCAAUAAUACUCGUAAUUUUAGAUCCUGGAAAUUUUUUAGCAUUUGUUUCACUUAAAUCAACAUAACUGAAGAAGAAUAGUUUCAUCUUUGGAAGGAAAACUGUUUCCUUUUCUGAUUUGUUAAGAGUCAGCAGUCGUUUAAAAACAAAGCUAUUUUUCAAUUCUUUACAAAGUAAUCGUGUAAAAUAACAUAUUAAUGUAUGAAACAUAGUGUUGUUUCCACUAAGCAUUUUAAUGUUCUACAUCCAUUUGUAUUGGGGUUUUAUGACAGUAUUUUAUAUUCGUUUUUACUUUUAAAAUUGUAGUUGUCUGUAUUAUGGAAUUAAUUUUGUGAUUGAAAUAAAAGUUAUAAAACCAAUGUUUUA